AUGGUGAAGACGUUUCAAGUCUACUUAGGUGUAAAUGGUGGCGGUACAAGUCGUUGCAGUAGCUCAAGUACCAGUUCCAGCAAUGGAACGGACUCACCAGAUGCUAAUGUUGUUGAUGAACGCACAUAUAGCUGCAUCCAUUGUCGAGCCCAUUUGGCUAGGCAUGAGGAUCUCAUCUCCAAAUCAUUCCAAGGUACACAAGGUCGUGCAUAUCUUUUUGAAGCGGUUGUCAACGUCUCCUGUGGUAAACCGGAGGAACGACUUCUCCUAACUGGUGAGUCUAUAUUUGCAUGA